GAUUUUAGUGAACCAGGUUUUGAAUUUAAUGAAUCAGAUGAUGAGCUUUUGGGAGAUCUCACGCAAGGUUUUGUAGAGGCGACACAGGUGUUUCGAAAUCUCCCUCUUUAUUAUCAAAUGGGUUCGGGAUUUGAGUUAAAUUCUGGUAUUAUAUUGGAACUUCACUCAGGGAGAAGGAACGAGAAAUAUAAUGCGGACCAAGUUUGUUUCAGAGCCCGUGUGGAUCCGGAUCGUUUGCCUGAUAGUUUGCGUGGUACCCCUUUAGUCACCGUGGUUGACACAGUGAUGCAGCUUUUUGAACUACUAAUUCAAAGAGUACGUAACCCGACGGAUGGAUCACCUCCUUUAAACCGGACAGAUUUAAUAAGAUUCUGCAUACAGGCAGAAGGACUGGACAAGCCAAUCUCAACAUGUUUAAUGCCUGUUUCAGAACUCACAACUGAGAAAGUUACGUCUUGUGUGAUGAAGGUACUACAGUCUAAAGAUCAGAUCGAAUUAGAUUCAGGAUUUUAUGUGGACAUCAUUACAAUUAGGAGAGACGUUGGUGCAGGAAGAGGUGUUAGGGUUGUGAAUGCUCUCGUGGAUGCUAAAAAUAAACAAUCCAUUUUGUCCAUCCCAACUGACAGUGAAGGCUUGUGUUGUGCCAAAGCAAUUGUGUAUGCUAUAGCUCAUCUGGAAAAUGAUAGGAGAGCCAUUAACUCUUUAAGAAAUAGACAUAGACCUGCAUUGAUGAAUCGAGCCAAGGAGCUCCAUGCGUCUGCAGACGUACCCUUAGGACCUUGCACAUACAUGGAAAUAGCCAAAUUUGAGAGUUUUCUCAAUAUUCAAAUUGUCGUUUUUUCUGCAGAUAACAGCAAUAAGGUAAUUUUCUUCUUUUUUUUUAUCAAUAUUAAAUGUUAAUAUUUGUUCACCAAUUAUAAUGACAAAUUUUCAUUU